AUGUCGAACACUGUGGUUGACAGUGAUGUUCCCCUCAUCAACGGGGCCCAUCCUUCUAAUACAAUUGAAAAAGUGACAACAAUUCCUAAUCCGGAAAAUGAGCAUCCGGCCGAGCCGUCCCUGCUGCAGAAUGGAGACACUGUCGAAACUAGAGAUCCGGAGCGCCCACAGCUGCCUGAUCGUGAUUUCGAGUCGAGCAUCUCUACCAGCAACGCCGACUUUGACGAUUUGAUGCUUUCUACAGACGGUGCGCCUGAUGGCAAGCUGAAUGGAGGAGUCCCGAGUGGGACUCGAAACGGCACUGGAAAGAGCUAUGCAGCAGCAGCAGCUGAAGCGGACGAGAGAGACGGCAAAGAAGGAGAUCCAAACAAUGGUGCAAAGAGCUACGCGGAUGUUGUCGCUGAUAGAGACGUGGAUAACACCAGCAGACAUGAUCAAUGGUCCUAUCCCGAGCUCCCCAUUACCGCUCAUCCUAAAGGUAUCAAGACGGGGAGCUGGCGCGCGGGAGGCAUUCGUUUCGCGCCAUUGCGAGUGCCCAUGAGGCGACGGCUACAGACUGCAGCAGUCUUGUUUCAUUGCAUGUCUAUUGCCACAUUUGUGUCAGCCUUUUGGUUGAUCUGCGCCAAUCCGCUCGCUUGGCCUAUCAUUAUAAUUUAUCUGAUCCAUCUUGCUCUUUCAACUGCAGGAACCAACGGCAACCUGACGUAUCGCUCAGAAUGGGUACGAAGCCUCAAACUCUGGAAGCUCUUCACUGGAUACUUCCCCAUGAAGCUGCACAAGACGCACGAACUACCGACCGAUAGGAAAUACGUCUUCGGGUACCAUCCACACGGCAUCAUUUCCCAUGGAGCCUUCGCCGCCUUUGGCACCAAUGCUCUUGGAUUUCGCGAACUGUUCCCGGGAAUCACCAACACCCUCCUCACCCUCGACUCCAACUUCCGUCUCCCCUUCUACCGCGAUUACAUCAUGCUUCACGGACUCCAGUCAGUCUCUAAGGAAUCAAUAUGGAAUCUUCUCUCAAAGGGCGGUCCUAGCAAUGAUGGCCGAGGCCGCGCUGUUACUAUUGUUGUUGGCGGUGCCCGCGAAUCGCUCGAGGCCCAACCAGGAAGCCUUCGGUUGAUCCUCAAGAGUCGAAAGGGGUUUGUCAAGAUGGCACUUCGUACCGGAGCCGAUCUAGUUCCUGUUAUUGGAUUUGGAGAGAACGAUCUCUAUGACCAGCUGAGCCCUAAGACACACCCCCUUGUACACCGAAUCCAGAUGAUAUUUCUCAAGGUUUUCAAGUUUACCGUGCCAGCUCUCCACGGCCGUGGUGUGCUGAACUAUGAUGUUGGUCUCAUGCCUUAUCGUCGACCCGUAAACAUUGUUAUCGGACGGCCGAUCCGAGUUGACAAGGCUCAUGGACCUCAACCAGGCCAACAGGACAUUGAUGAGCUGCAUGAACGUUAUGUUCAGGAAAUUGAGAAGCUGUGGGAUGCAUACAAGGAUCAGUUUGCUGCCGAUCGCAAGGCCGAGUUGGAAAUCUUCGCCUAG